UCAUAAGGUAAACGGGGGAAAGCUGCUUCUCCCGUUCGCCAUGAAUUUGAAGAUUUUGUUCGCUAUCUUGGCCGUGGCUCUGGUCGCGAUUAUAGCCCUAAAUUGGAUCUUGCUGGUGGGCUUGUCGAAAUCGGCAAGCUGUGAGUACGCUAAGUUUACAGGGCUGUUGGAGGAGGUGCAUGGGGAGAGGUCUCAGAGUAUGGUGUUUGCAGACCUGGACAGUGAGGAACUAACUAGCGUUGUGCAGUAUCUGAGGCUCCAACUUAGGGUGAAGCUGCUGAGCUGCAUUGAAGCUCUUCCCUCAGACAAUUACAUUCACAUGAUCGAACUUCAGCUCCCCCGGAAAAGUGAGGUCUUAAAGUUUUUGGACAGCGGGGAAAACCAACCCAGGAGAGAAGCGAGAGCGGUGGUGGUAUUUGGAGAUCAAAAUGAGCCCAAUAUCACGGAAUAUGUGGUGGGACCUCUUCCAAAUCCAACCUACCACAAAGACAUUACUUCCCAGAAAUACCAGAACCUUAGCUUUCACUCCAGACCUAUGACAAGCUUCGAACAUAAAAAGAUUCUUUUAAGAAUGGGAUUGGAGAAAGCCUCUCGGGUCCUUCUGCAAAGUUUCGGCUCUGAUUGGGAAGCUCUGGUCCAUCUGGACUCUGCCCCUCGUGGCUUCAAAACGGGUGACCGGGAAACCUGGUUCCCGUUCCUGAGAAACGUUAGUGGCAUCUUCAUGCACCCCCUGGGCUUUGAGGUGCUGAUGGACCAUAGCAGCCGCAAUAUCUCCGAGUGGAAAGUGAAGCAGGUCUUUUACAAUGGCCAGUACUUUGACAGCAUCGAGGAGCUGGUCACUCAGUAUGAUCGCGGCACUGUCAAGAAAAUCCGACUGCACCGAGAGCAAUCUGAUCCCAACUAUGCAUCGCUGAAACCUCACAUGAAACAUCAGACAGUCUCCCCUUUGCAAUAUGAGCCUCAAGGCCGCCGCUACUCUGUUGUCCACAACCAUGUGAAGUAUUUUAAUUGGAAAUUUGCUUUCCGCCACAGCACUAUCAAUGGGCUGCAGUUGUUUAAUAUCCGAUUCAUGGAGGAAAGGAUCGUCUAUGAAUUAAGUGUGGAGGAGCUCAACUCCGUUUAUGGAGGCGACUCGCCCUCCUUAAUGAGGACCAAGUUUCUAGACAAUCAUUAUGGCAUUGGCAGAUCUGCUAACGAACUAGUCAGAGGCGUGGACUGUCCGUACACUGCGGUCUUCGUGGACACUGUUCACUUUACAGAGAGUGAGAAACCAGGGCGGAUCAGGAAUUCCAUCUGUAUCUUUGAACAGAAUAAGCAGAUGCCCCUGAGGCGGCACUAUUCCAGCUGGUACACAGCUCCCUCUUACGGGGGGCUGGCGGACUGCGUGCUGAUCAUAAGGUCAAUCUCAACCGUGGGCAACUAUGAUUAUGUGUUUGAUUACAUAUUCCACCACAACGGCGUGAUUGAGACCAAGGUCCAUCCGUCAGGGUAUGCACUGACAUCAUUCCUCUCUGAGAGUGGUCUUCAGUACGGAGCAAAACUUGAAGAGAACCUUUUGGGGAAUAUUCACACUCAUUUCUUGCAUUUCAAGGCUGAUCUGGAUGUAGCGGGAACAAGUAACUCUAUUGAAACAAAGGGUGUGGAAUAUGAGCUCAAAUCAGCCCCAUGGAAAAAUGACCAGAAGAUACAUGUACCCAUAGUGAAAAAGCAGAUAUUAGGCACGGAAAACCAGGCUGCUUUCAGAACUGGGACAAAAAUGCCUAGAUACCUGAGUUUUGUAAAUCUACAUCAUAGAAAUAACUGGAACCAUUAUCGCGGUUAUAGGAUUCAAGUGGUGAGCUUUAAUCCUGACAGUAUACCUGAAGAAAUUCCAGAAGAAAAGGCUAUUUCCUGGCAAAGGUACCAGUUGGCAGUGACAAAGUACAAAGAGAAGGAACAGAGAAGCAGCAGCAUGUACAAUCAGAAUAACCCUUGGAAUCCUGCUGUUUAUUUUGCUGGCUUUAUUGAUGAUGAAGAUAUUCAAAAUGAGGACCUGGUAGCUUGGAUUACAGCUGGCUUUCUCCACAUUCCCCACUCAGAGGAUGUUCCCAAUACUGCCACAGCUGGAAAUGGCAUUGGCUUCUAUUUAAAGCCAAUCAAUUACUUUCAGAAUGAUCCAUCAGUUAAUGCUGAAGAUGCUGUCUACAUUGAUGCUUCUGAGGAUGCAGAAAGAUGUGAGAACAACCCUGUAGCAUGUACACCAGAGUAUGCUACCUGUAUACCCAACUUCCCAGAUUUUACCUAUGGAACAGACUUAUUAGCUGUUGAUAAUUAACAGGACAUAAUCAGAUUGAGAAGAGAAGUUAAUCAUGACCAGAAUUCCCUCUAAUUUUCUUCCCGGCUGCAUGGGACUCCAAGGACCGUGUGCAGCAGUGACAUCUGGAACUGGAAGUCAAUGCUGUGAUCAGUGUGCCAGUGCCAAUUGCCAUGUGCAGAAUCCUGGAAGUGUGGCACACAUGCCAUUGCGCAGUUUAGAGGGAGCACUGAUCAUGACUGACCAUCACUUUCCAUGAAACUCUGUUAUUUCUUUGCAAAGAAAUCAUUUAAAUAGAUGACCUACUUGCAGUUUCUCCAGCUCUAUUCAUUAUAUUGGGGUUGAAUUGACUUUAUAUUCAACCUGUUGCUUUGUUAUACAACUGUUAGUAGUCCCAAUAAUCCAAUGUCAAAUAAUAAAGGAGAGUACAGGACAGGUUUCUCAAAUUCCUGCUCUUGUCACCUUUGUGUGCUGAAGUGCAGGGCCCCACAAGAUUCUUUAUCCAUCAGACCAUAAUGGACAGGAAAUCCUGCCAGGCUGAAGCAACCACUACUUGCAAAUUCUAAACAUGCACAGCUAAUGCACAAAACUCAGUGACUGGAGAAUAGCUCUCCCUUAAAUCCCUUAUGGUUAAAAACAUCACAUUUAGAAGCUCACAGACUGACUGACAUCUUCAUGCCUCGAUGUAACAGUUGAUUAAUUGAACAGUUAAGGGAACACAAAGGAACUUUGCAUACUUGAGCUCAGACUGACACAUCAUUACAACAUAAUAAAAGAUGGGCCAAAGCCAUGGGUACAAUAUUGGAAAUGUCUCAAAGUUGAGUGGCUGCAUCAGUUAUGACUAAUUAAUCAUUUUUAACCAAUUUAAUUUACACUUUUGUUAAAGAGUUUUGAGGACUUUUAAAAUGUUUUGAAAGCUCCAUUCCAAAUGAGAGCUGCUUUUAGUUAGGUCAUUAGUUUCUAGUGAUUCAGUAAGUCAAAUGGUGCUUUUUUUUAAACAUAGAAUUUCUGCAUUUUCCCAGGAUUUUUAUGAGUAGUGAGCGGAUUAAAUUCCAUGAUUCCAUCUGUUUAUUCUUCUCAAUCAAGUCAUAAAGUUAGUUAUGACAAACAUAAUGGAGUGAUAUUGCUCAUAUCUUAUUGUUAAAUAGAAUUUCUACUUUAUAAACAUUUUUAUAACUUCAUUUUUAAAUACAUUUUUUAUAUUUUUUAUAUUGCAAGCAUGCCAUCUGGUAAAGUAAAUGCCAUGGGCUACAUAUUUCAAUCAAAAGCUGAAUUACUUUGGCAUAUCACAACAAUAACAUGCUGAAUAUUUUAUUUCUUCUGCACAUUAAUUGGCCACUUUUAUAAAAUGUAUAUAAUAGAAUAAAUAGAUGGGUCAACAAUGUUUGUCAUCAGAGGUACAUCAUCAGUAAUACCUUGACUGUUACAAGUGAGAAGUGUUCUUUUAAAGCUACUGGUAAUACUACAUCAGGGAAACAGUCUUCAGCAAUAAUGCAAUCUGUAGGUUUAAAACCGCAAUGAAUAGCAGGCUUAUACUUGUUAGACUGGAUCCAUGGUUUCUCAUUCUGCAUCAGGUGGUGCAAUGGAAACUAUGCCAAAGCAGUCAUUUUUGCAGGGGAAAUAUAAUAUCCAUAGUCAGCUGGUAGUUUGGUCAGAUUGCCAUUGAGGAUACAAAAUGACACAGUCAACAUAAAGAAGUUUUUGUUUCCAUGGUUGCAGCUGCAUUGAAUGAGGAUCCAUUCCAUGGACCUUGCAUAUUAGCUUAGUGCAAAGAUUUUCUUUGUUAAUCUUUGCAAAAUGGUGAAAAGUGCAGAUUAAAAGUGGCUGUCUUCCUUAAAUGUUCAUUGCUGAUGUCCUGACCAACUCCCUCUGAUUAUCCUAAAGAGUGUGGUUGUUCCAAUGGAAGUAAAGUGCAGUGAAGGCAGAUUGCCUCAGUUUUUCCUUUGUUUAAUACAAAAACUGUUCUCACUUUUCUCUAUUUAGGAAUCACUUCCUAGACAGAGUAUUACAAAAAAAAACUCAACAAGCUGAUCAAUAUAGAUUCAGUGUUAAAUGAAUCAAGUGUUACUGACUAAGCAGUAUGAAAUGGGUGGCUAUGUAAUUUAAGGGAGUUUUGGCAUACCUGUUGCUGUAAUCACCAGUCUGGAUCAUAAAUAUUGUAAAUAAAUUAGAUUCAUACUGAUUUCAAAUCAGAUAUGUGAAA